ACAAAUCGCGCCAGCUACGAAAGCUACGUGGAAGACAACACAGAACUAGCAUUCGAAACCUAUUGGCUAACUGCAGGUACCUAUUUGUGAGACUCGCGUACGAAAUAUUUUUGGUGUACGUUUAGUGUUUACCUAUGUAAAUACUGCUGAGAGAUGGCGAGUAACAGAGGGACAUUAGAAGAGACCGCAAUCAGAGACGAAUCUCAAGCAAAUUUUGUCAGGUCUUUAGUGGAACUUCUGAAACAGCAUCGAGCGGUAUUAGAUGCCCUACCAGAAAUGUGUGAAAGGUUAAUAGAUUUGGAAUCAAACGAGACCAGUAAAACACAAAAUUGCGAUUUGAGCAGGAUUAUGCAGCUGGAAAGAGAAUUGAAAGCAAAAACAGUGGAGGUGGAGAAAUUGUCUCAAGAAAAAGAAGAAGAAAUUACACGUAGGAGAAACUAUUACAAAAUCCAUGAACAGUCAAGGUCCAGCAAAGAUGAGUAUAUCAAAGAACUUGACGCAAAGGAGGAGAAAAUUAAGGAACAAGCAGAAAGGUAAGAAAUGUUUUUUUGUUUUUGUUGUUGUUUUUCAAAGUUCAGAAGAACUUAAUUCUGGAUGUGAUCAUUCCACUUUGUCAAUUUGUCGCGUAUGACCAUGUUUGUUGUUACUCGACACAAUACCGUUCCACUUUUGAGAAAAAAAAUUAUCCUAAAUGUGCAUUUUUCUAUAUAGCUUCAACAUUUUCUGAGAUAUUUGGGACUAUAAGAAUUCUUCCACUCUCCUAAUACAAAUGCCGCAAUCUGAUUGACUCAUCUAUCGUAUACCAUCACCCACUGCCUUGGAGGUCGUCUACAAAAUGGUGACGUUUACCCGUUUACUUACAGCUACAUGAAUAUACAGUGUGCCAGUAUAGCUGGUUUUCACAUGACGUCACUAAAAUUCAAACUACAAAACAACUGAUCUUCCUGAGAUUUUAC